AUGCCCUUCCAAAUAAUGUCAGACUUGGGGGAUCAAGAAACCAAAUCUGAGUCAAUGUCGAGUGCGCAUAUGGCCCAUCAUCCUCCUGCAGUGGAAUUCUGCAACAAUAGACGUUCACCUCUUGGGGGUCCGGAUGCUCCCCUCUUCUUUAAGUCCCUCAAGAUCGCAAGCGUUACCUGGAGCGUUGAGAAGUUGCCUGUCCUUCCCGGCUGUUUUCAGGAUGUGGAGCAAACCUGGGUUCUCUGGCCCCAUAUGGCAUAA